AUGUCUGACAAUGCUAAAAGAAUUGUAUGCGGUAUAGAAGGACGUAAAACCAUGCUAUUAAGCCAAAACAGAGGGACAGAUCAAAGAAAUAUCUACUUCAGUGCUCUUGAAAAUCUUCCCGAAGUCAACCGAAGCAUAAUACAUCAACCAGAACCAAGUCAACAAGUUUCUGCAAGUAGUUCGUCAGGUGAAGGUAUGUCGUGAAAAUUUAUACCGUAUAUUAAGACCCUUUUGAAGUUUGACAUUCGACUAAUAGUAAAUGCUUAGCUCUAUAUGAACUGAUUUGGUGUAAUUAUUUAAUGUUUUUGACUUUUUAGCAUGUAUUAAAACUCGUCACGACUCAGACAGUCAACUCAGAGGUUUGUUGAUUUUAAUUUUAUAUGUUUGUAUUUAUAAUACUGCAGUUGGUGUCAGUGUGAUAGAAGAUACUGUGUCAGGUGAAGAAGCAGUAGAUGUUGAUAAUGAUGGAGAACCAGGAGAAGAAACAUAUCUCGAUGAAUACACUGCCGAGGGUUUGAUAGAGGAAGUCAGAAGAAGUCGCCCUUGCUUGUGGAACACCUCGUUGAGGGUUUACAAAGAAGCAAACAGAAAGAAAAUUGCAUGGGAACAGAUUGCUCAAAAAUUUAGCAAAGAUGGUUAGUUUGUGUAUAUGAUUAUUUACACUGUCAAUAGUGAUUAAACCCCUAAAACAAAUAGGCCUGGGGCCGGUUGUAUAAAAAAGUGAUUAAAGUUAGCUACAGUUAGUGGAAACGUCAUCCAAUAAGAAGCGCGUAUUUGAGAGUUAAUCACUAUUUAACUACAAAAUAGUGGUUAAAAAGUGAUUAAGAGUUUUAUACAACCGGCCCCUGGUGACAGCCGUGCCUUCAUCUGUAGUCCCGGAUAGAACGGGCCAUUCCAUGUAGUAUAGGCCACCCCCUAUUGAGGGGUCUAGAUCUCCAACAAGGGAGGGGGUCUUUUAUUUAAAUUUUCCACAAAAUGGCCCAAUACACUCAAUGUUGCCAUCUGAUAUUACUGUUUUUGUUGUGUUUCUGUUUUUGUUAUGCAGCUCAGGUUUUUACCUUUUGUGAACACUAUAUUCUUAAAAAGUAAAAACAUGUUGUGUUUAGUUAUAAAUAAUAAUAAGUAUAUUUACUCAGCCUGUACAGCCUGAAAAGGUUUUCCAGAAGGUUUCCUUCUCCCUAACACAUGCUGAUGCUUGUCUUUAAUAAUUAUCAUAUUUUUUGUUUUCUAGUUGAUUUUCUGAAGCUUCAGUGGAAGUAUUUAAAAGACAAUUUGAAACGAUGUCUUGACAGGCGAAACCAUAGAGAUUAUAAAUUUAAUUUAAUUUAAUUUAUUAGCUUUGCCUUGUAGAUAACUAUAUUACAAUUAAUGGCAGGGAGUCCGUAACAGCACUUAGCCAAUUACUACGGCCCCGUAAAACUAACAUUAAAACUAAUAUUACAAAUUUAACAAAUACAAUAAUCAACUAACAACAAACAGCAUAUGAAAAUAACAACAAUACGUCUUUCACAUGCAGCACGAGAUUGUUAUUGUUAUUGUAUUUUAAUUUCACAUCCCUUAAAAGGCUUUUCAGCGAAAUUUUACAUAAUUGAUCUAAAUUUUUAUACACUGUAAUAAUAGAGAGACACACAUAACAACACACAGUCACACAACACACACACACACACACACACACUUGGUAGUACUACACAAAUAUAUAUGCUAUUUACAUCAAAAUGUCUUAAGAUUGGUCCUAAAUUUAAAUGUUUCUACAAGUCUCUGUUUUAAAAUAUGUUUAAAGUCUUUCGUUGUUUCGCAGGCCCUAAGUUCUGGUUUUAAGGAAUUCCAAAUUGUGGCCAUUCUGAAUUUGAAAGAUCGUUGCCCGGUUGCUGUUCUGUGUAAAGGAGUUUCAAUCAUGCUCGAGUUCCUAGUAACGCGAGAUGAAAUGUCACCUCGUCUCACAAACUGUUCAGUUAGGUAUGCAGGUGCGUUUCCUGUCAUACAUUUAAAUGCCACGACUGCAUCACGAAAAUAUAAAUACUGUCGAACAGAAAGCCACUUUAGUUCUUGCAGGAUUGGUGUGACAUGAUCGUAUUUGCCAACUCCGCUAACUAUUCGACAUGCAAAGUUCUGCACUACCUGUACCUUAUUUAAAUUUGUUUGAGAAGUGUUGCUCCAGACUGUAGAGCAAUAAUAUAAUUUUGAAAAAACUAGAGAGUUAAUAAUAAUUGUUAAUGUGUGUUUGUCAAAGCAAUGUUUCACGCGGUUUAUUUGACCUAAACGAGACAUACAUGAGGAGAUAGUGGCUUAUACAUGGCUGUCGGACGUCAUACCAGAGUCGAAGAUUACGCCGAGAUCUUUGGCGCUUGUUACAGGAAUGAUUUCUUUACCGAGAAGUGAGAGGCGAAAAUUAGGACGUUUUGCUCUCAUCUGUCUGCUACCGCAUAUCAUGGCCUUAGUUUUUUCUGGGUUUAACAGUAACUUGUUAUCAAAACACCAAUUACGUAUUCUCAAGAGAUCUUGAUUUAUUUCUGAGACAGCUCUUUGUUGGUGUUGCAGAGAAAACGACAUUAGGAGUUUUGUGUCAUCGACAUAGGAAUAGGGAGAACAUUGUUGUGGAACUGAUGGCAAAUCGUUCACAUAAAUACUAAACAGAAGUGGCCCAAGUAUAGUGCACUAAACAAAGCUCCUGGGAACGAUAAAGUUCCGAUACAUGUAAUCAAAACUUGCUUGACUGUAAUUUCACCUACCAUCACUUCAAUUAUCAAUGCUUCACUAUUAACCUCUAGUUUUCCGAGCGUAUGGAAAAACGCUGAAGUUGUUCCUAUCCACAAGAGUGGUGAUCAUGAGAUCGCAAAUAAUAAUAGACAUAUAUCGUUAUUGCCAGUGCUAUCAAAGAUCUGCGAACGAGCAGCUUAUAAUCAGUUUUCGACCUACCUUCUCUUGAAUGAUCGUUUAUCGUCUAAACAAAGUGGAAACAAGCAUCUACACUCAACAGAAACCUCGGUAAUUCAGACUACAGACAUGAUCCUGAAUGCCAUUGACAAGAAACAGCUAACUGCGAUUGUAUUACUCGACAUGAGCAAAGCAUUCGAUAGCAUAGAUACCACGACUCUGAUUACUAAGUUAGAAGAUGUUGGCGCGUCUUGUCAGGCGAUUCAAUGGUUCCAAAGCUACCUGACAUCCAGGUAUCAAGUAGUAAGAAUACAAACAACCUUAUCCGACCCUUUAGAGGUUUUCUAUUUGAACAACACCUUCGAAGCACGCAAUGACGUCAAAAAUCAGGGCGCUGGACAAAUCCGAGUCUGCAAUGAAAAGAACAACAUGGCGCCCAAAUUUGACAAAAUCGCAAACUUUGACAAGCAAUUUCUCCUUUACUAUUAA